CCAGGGAAACUGAGUACCAGGAGCCUGUGUCUAUCAGGGACAUCCCAAUUCCUACAAUUAUCACCAGCGGUGGCAUGUGACGCCGUGCGAGUGGGUAUCUAGUCGCUUGGGCAAAUACGGGAUUGCAAAGACGGUGCAGUGGGCUGGCUACUUCUGAAGGCUCUGGGAGGUACACACCAUGGAAAGGACGGUUCAAGCCUCGGGUGUGACGGUGCCCUCCAGGCAGGCCACCAGGAACACACAUGCAACUCGACAAGCUGGGAUUCUUACUGGUUUGUAGACCAGUAAGACCACACACCCUGGGGACGCAGCGGGGCACCCCUUAUACGACUGGGGCUUAUAGGACUGGGGAAUCACCUAAGGUGAUUCCGGGUAAGCUUUAAGGACGCAGGGUCUCGCUGUGGAUUGGGUGCCAUCUGGAAGCUUCUUAAUACUUCCCAUCUGGACGGAGAAGAGACUAGCGGGCGCCCGAGGCUGUGACGCGAGGGGGCAGCGGCGUUCCAGCUCGGGUGGGAGAGGGUGACCACUGGCGGGGGGUCCACGGAACUGACUGGAGUGGCUAGCGGCUUACAGGAUUGGGGUUAUAUAGUCUCGUGCUGCUGCCUGGAGACCGCCUGUGUCGACAGCAGAACACCAGGCCCGGGGAAGCCGCCUCGGACAAAAAAGCGCAAAGCUGCGUGGAGACUCCAGAGACGGCCCGUCCAGCAGCGUCGUGCAGACAGUGCCGAGGAGCCGGUGUACAUCGGGGAGCUGCCCCAGGACUUCCUGCGCAUCACGCCCACACAGCAGCAGCAGCAGAUCCAGCUGGACGCACAGGCCGCGCAGCAGCUGCAGUAUGGAGGGGCGCUGGGCACCGUGGGCCGCCUCAGCGUCACCGUGGUGCAGGCCAAGCUGGCAAAGAACUAUGGCAUGACCCGCAUGGACCCCUACUGCCGCCUGCGCCUGGGCUACGCCGUGUACGAGACGCCCACGGCCCAUAAUGGCGCCAAGAACCCGCGCUGGAACAAGGUCAUCCAGUGCACUGUGCCCCCGGGCGUGGACUCCUUCUACUUGGAGAUCUUCGAUGAGCGAGCCUUCUCCAUGGAUGACCGCAUCGCCUGGACACACGUGACGAUCCCCGAGGCUCUGAAGCAGGGCAAGGUGGUGGACGAGUGGUACAGCCUGAGCGGGCGGCAGGGUGACGACAAGGAGGGCAUGAUCAACCUGGUGCUGUCCUACACGUCGCUGCCGGCUGCCAUGAUGGUGCCACCUCAGCCUGUGGUCCUGAUGCCCACCGUGUACCAGCAGGGCGUGGGCUACGUGCCCAUCGCAGGGAUGCCUGCCGUGUGCAGCCCCGGCGUGGUGCCCGUGGCGCUGCCCCCGGCCGUGAGUGCCCAGCCCCGCUGCAGCGAGGAGGACCUGAAGGCCAUCCAGGACAUGUUUCCCAACAUGGACCGGGAGGUGAUCCGCUCCGUGCUGGAGGCCCAGCGGGGCAGCAAGGACGCGGCCAUCAACUCCCUGCUCCAGAUGGGCGAGGAGUCGUAGACACGCCUGCCGUCUCGCCGCCCGCCCGCCCAGCUCCCCAGAGCACCAUCCCCAGCAGAUCCCUGUGAACACGCCCCGCAUAGCCCUUCCUCAGACGUCUGUGUAGCCCAGUCCACGCCCUCGUGUAGGAUGCAUGUGGUUUUGGUUCUUGCAGCCGUUCUGGAUGUGAUUGGGGCGGGUGGGGUGGCUCUCCUCCCGCUUCCCGUCAGAGGGUGGAGGCGGUGCGUCCUGUGCGCACACCCACUUCCUGCCGCCCGUCCUCCCAGGGUGCUCUCCUGGGAGCAGCGCCCCCUCUGGGUUGACGGGUAGGGUCUCGUGAUGAGGCCUGGCUGGGUAGACACACUAACGUGAGGCAGAGAACCCCUAACAGCUGCUGUGCGUCAUGUUAGGACUUUCAGACGGGAAACUCGUCUCCUCCCCGUGGUGGUCUUCCUGGGCCUCUCGCUGGGGCCGGGCAGACCUCGCCGUGGGGCCCAGCCUGUGCGCGGAACCCUGGCCCAGCCUGGCGUCUGCAGCCACAUCCUGAGUCCGCAGCCCCGAGUCUUUCCUGCUGCCUCGCCCCUCUGUGCCGUGUUGUCCCAAGGGGUUGCUGCCCCCCCCAGACGCGCUCUGGCCGCAGAGCUCAGUGAGGUGGGGUGUUGGAAGCAGACCCCGUCCUUGUCCUUGGCUGUCGAAGGGCCUCUAGGCACUCGGCUCACUGCCAACCUUAUGUAGGAAGCCCUGGGCCCCAGGAUGGGUCACUGAGGUGACCGCUGGCACUGGGAGGUCUUCCUGAGAGGCAGGAGGUGCCCCGUGGUGUGCACCCUGACGUUGCGUCUGGCCGUGGACACCGAGGAUGGGGACAGGCUGGGUGGCGCCCGUGGGAGUGAGAACACUGAGCGCGCUCUGACGGGGUCAUUGGCGGUCAGCUGUGGUCACCGUUCUGUCUAGAGGCCUUGCCCAGUCUCGGGACGUGGAGACGGACCCCACCCUGUGACGUCGGGCGGUCACCCGAGGUGGCGAGGACUGACUGCAGUCCUGUCCUCCACAUAGGCUUAGUGUGAUGCCAGCCAGCGACGCUGCGCUCUGCCUCCCAGGCCGGCGGGCGAGCUGACCAGGCUCCUCCCGUGGUGGCCUGGGGGCGGGAGGCCUGCGAGAGGGGGUUCAGACCACAGGUGCCUUUGCCGCAGGCUCUCUGUAGAUGUGUGAGACCAACGAUUAUGCAGCCACAGACCUGAGUGCAGCGCGGUGACCACAUGCAGCACGGCUCCAAACGCCUGACCCCAGCCCCGGCCCAGUGGCCCCACACCACCCCCGUCGCUGCCUCCCCCGCCUGGGCCUCUGAGGACAGGGGUCUUGGCUUCAGGACGGCUGCAGAUCUGCCAGCUCUCGGGGUCCUUUCUCGUGGACGCCUGCUGCUUCACUGGGUCAGAGGAGGCUGCGUCUGUGGGACCUCAAGACGUCCGACGGCCCUGCUGUCCCCGCUGCUCUGCUCACCUCCGUGCUCACGUCCAGGCCACCCCUUGGGAGGCACUCAGCGCGGCGCCCGUGGCUGCCGGGCCAAGGACUGGGGCGCCUCGCGGGUCAUUGCUGCUCAGUGUCGGAGAGGAGAGGCAUGUCCAGUGGGCUCCCCACCCCACCCCCAUUUGAGGAGCCGUGCUGGGUGUUUGCAGAAACAGUCCUUGGAGCUUUGCGUUUCAGAUCAUUCUGUUGGGGUCCAGGGUCCACAUUCCUCUUCGAUUGUAAGAUAUGUUUGUACCUUUCAGCCUUCUAACUUAAUAAAUGGUCUAUGUAAAAACAGAGAA